CGCCUCUCUUUCGUGGAGGCAGUGUUCAGUGUGUACAGGUAGUUAUCUCGGAAUCAAUCAUCUUGCCCCACGCACCCUUCCUCUAAAUCGGAACAGUUUGGUGAGGGGUAGAUCCGGAAUUAUCAAAGAAACAGGCAAGACAGCCAUUACAACCACCAAUGACAAGAGACAUGUCAUGACCACACAUAGACUCGUCCCAGGAGAACGACUUUCCGGAACCGGAAAUGCAUAAGCAAUGGUUCACCCUUGUGUCAUAGGUCGAGAUUGUUGCUGUCGUGAAAUAACACCAUACCACCAAGGGACCUCCUACAGAUUUUCACGAACUGGUCUAUAUAACCUGUGCAUGUUAACCACUGUACACUGACCGCAACCGAAGGACGUUGAACAGAUGUUCGCGAACCCGUGCAUAUGAAACACCGUGCCCAAAUUGCAGCCAAGUCUCGGGUGUCAUAAGUUCGGGGAGAAAAGGACAUCGUGAAAACUGUUGAUAAAACCGGAAACAAAGAACCGGAAGGUGUAUCAUUGUUGAGCAUUUCAGCAUCAGUUAUUAAAUGGACAAAACCGGCGUUUGUUCGGCGUUAACUUGUCGUUGGAGAAAGGCAGGCAAAUACAUGUAAAACUUCAGAGAAUUAUUCCAAGAGAGAAUUGCUCGCUGUCCUUCAAGCAAAGCCUGUGAUCGUGAAGAAAACAUCCCUCUCCACUAUGAUGCACAUCAAACGCUCAAAACUCCAGUUCAGCAUUGGACUGACACUAGGUUUCCUUAUCUCAGUAAUAUUCUUUCAAUCUGGAAUUGUCUACAAACCAAGAGAGCGAAUGCCUCAAACGUUGGUCAGUAGUCACGUGAUCGGGAAGUCCGAGAUGGACACUGUGGAACAAGAACCCCUUGAGGGACAGAUCGACGAUUCCCACGUCCACCACGACGACACUUCAGUCGCCGAUACAAUGGCCCAACAGGUCCGCGUGCUCUGCUGGGUUAUGACGUCACCGACCAACUUCCGGACUAAAGCGGAUGUUGUCAAGGCAACGUGGGGACACCGAUGCAAUAUCCUCCUAUUCUUCAGCUCCGUGGUGGACCCCCACCUCCCGACGAUCGCGCUCAACGUUUCGGAAGGCCGGAAACACUUGACAGCCAAGUCAGUGCAAGCGUUCAAAUAUGUGUACGACCACUACUACGACCAAGCCGACUGGUUCAUGAAGUGCGACGACGAUACGUACGUCAUUGUAGAAAAUCUACGAUAUUUUCUGUCCACGAAAAACACGUCUGCACCUUUCUACUAUGGCCACCAUUUCAAGCCCUUAGUAAAGCAGGGCUACUACAGCGGAGGUGCUGGCUACGUGUUGAGCAAAGAGGCACUGACGAGGUUUGCUAAUAGAGCCCCGAAUAUGUGUCGGGAAGACGGAGGGCCUGAAGACGCCGAGAUUGGGAAAUGUAUGGAAAAAUUAGGAAUUGGGACCGGUAACUCUACCGACGCUCUUGGUAGAUCUCGCUUCCACUGCUUCACGCCAGAGGCACACGUGAACGGAGGGUUCCCCAAGUGGUACUACCACUACGUGAAGGGUGGUGCUAAGCAGGGUAUCGAAAAUAUCAGCGAUUAUGCAGUUUCCUUCCAUUACGUCUCGCCCAGGUCCAUGUUGAGUCUGGAGUUCUACGUUUACCAUCUCCGACCGUAUGGGAUCAGAACAGAAAACCAGGCUCUAAACUAAGUCCCAGGGUGCCGUUGUACAAAGCGAUCUUAGUGCUAUGGUGACCGUAACUCCCAUAUCUUAACAUAGACUUAAGGUUGUUUUGUACAACGGCACCAAGGUCUCUGAGUCUCUGGCUGGUGUCAUCCUCAAGAAAUCUUUGGGAGUUACCUCCCUUGUUGCUAUGACAACGCGUUACACGUUGCCUUACAGAUGGAGCCACACACUAACUGGGAAAGACGUUAAUGUUGUGAAUCUGACGCCUGGAGACACUUUGGCAGACUGACACACUGACAAUAGAUAUUUAUAAAUACUGACUUAAAGUGAGUGGCGUGUGAAUGAUUCGUCGUAUCUGGUGCGGUAUUACAUUGUAUGAAGAGUGCUUGGAGAGAAGUUGGCCAUGUCUUCCUGUGUCAAAGGGACACAACUCUCAUCUCACGUGACUAAACUUCCCGGUGUCGUCAGCUGGCGCUCGUGUCUCGCUACGUGAAGUAUCACUGAUAGUAUGAAUUAUGAAGAACUUUGAAUGUCUGUUUGAUUUUAGGAAUGUGUGCCAUGGGCGGAUCCAGGAAUUUUGGGGGUUCAGGGGGUUCGAACUCCAUGAAUCCCCCAUUAGCUCCGCCAACGCAAAAAAAUCUGUACUGGACCUCCUGGUGAAUCUGACGCCAUGAAAACUGCAAGGUCAAGAACAUUGAAUCUUAAACAGUUUGACACACUGCCCGUUGUUUAUAUUUAUAAUUAUGCGAGUUCCUUGAAGGUUGACCAUGUCGUCCUGUGUCAAAGGGAGGCAACUCUCAUCUCAUCCCGGUGUUGUCAGCUGGCGCUCGUGUCUCGCUACGUGAAGCAUCAAUGACAAAGGCUCCAGUGUGAAGAACUUUGAAUGUAACCAUGCAUGUAUUUGAUAUUGAACAUAAAGUGAGUGAUGAAACAUUAUCAGCGACAUCCUGGUGAUACCAGAUUGUUUAUUGGAGCAAUAUUGUUUAUUGUGUGCUCGUUGAAGUAAACCUUGACAACAUAAAUAAUAAUGGUUGCUGAAACCAUGGUAACCAGAGGUUCCUGCAGUGCACGAUCGUUGUUCUUCCAGGAAGUUGUUUCAAAGACAAAUUUUACAGUUACAGAUAUGUUUGUGGGUUCAUAAAGGCAUAAAUACAA